UGCCAUCAUGCUGGCCUCAGGGCUGCUUCUGGCAGCUUUGCUGGCCUGCCUGACUGUAAUGGUCUUGAUGUCUGUCUGGCAGCAAAGGAAGCUCUGGGGAAAGCUGCCUCCCGGCCCCGUUGCAUUGCCCUUCAUCGGAAACUACCUGCAGCUGAACACAGAGCAUAUGUACAACUCCCUCAUGAAGAUGAGCGAGCGCUACGGGCCGGUGUUCACCGUCCACCUGGGCCCGCGGCGGGUCGUGGUGCUGUGUGGAUACGACGCUGUGAAGGAGGCGCUGGUGGACCAGGCCGAGGAGUUCAGUGGGCGAGGCUCCCAGGCCACCUUUGAAUGGCUCUUCAAAGGCUAUGGCGUGGUUUUCAGCAGCGGAGAGCGGGCCAAGCAGCUCCGGCGCUUCGCCAUCACCACGCUGCGGGACUUCGGCAUGGGCAAGCGCAGCAUCGAGGAGCGCAUCCAGGAGGAGGCGGGCUUCCUCCUCCAGACCUUGCGGGACACGCACGGUGCCUUCAUAGACCCCACCUUCUUCCUGAGCCGCAGUGUCUCCAACAUCAUCAGCUCCAUCGUCUUUGGGGACCGCUUCGACUAUGAGGACAAGCAGUUCCUCUCACUGCUGCGCAUGAUGCUGGGAAGCUUCCAGUUCACAGCUACAUCUAUGGGGCAGCUCUAUGAGAUGUUCUCCUCGGUGAUGAAACACCUGCCAGGGCCACAGCAACAGGCAUUUAAGGAUCUCCAGGGGCUGGAGGACUUUAUGGUUGAGAAGGUGGAGCAGAACCAACGCACGCUGGAUCCCAAAUCCCCACGGGACUUCAUUGAUUCCUUCCUCAUCCGCAUGCAGAAGGAACAGGAGAACCCCAACACAGAGUUCCACAUGAAGAACCUGGUGAGGACCACACUGAACCUUUUCUUUGCGGGCACCGAGACAGUCAGCACGACCCUGCGUUAUGGCUUCCUGCUGCUCAUGAAGCACCCAGAUGUGGAGGCCAAGGUCCAUGAGGAGAUUAACCGGGUGAUUGGUAAAAACCGUCAGCCCAAGUUCGAAGACCGGGCCAAGAUGCCCUACACAGAAGCAGUGAUCCAUGAGAUCCAAAGAUUCGGAGACAUGAUUCCCAUGGGCUUGGCCCGCAGAGUCACCAAGGACACUGAGUUCCGGAACUUCCUCCUCCCUAAGGGCACCGAAGUGUUUCCUAUGCUGGGCUCCGUGCUAAAAGACCCCAAGUUCUUCUCCAACCCUAAAGAUUUCAACCCCCAGCAUUUCCUAGAUGAGAAGGGGCAGUUUAAGAAGAAUGAUGCUUUUGUGCCUUUCUCCAUCGGAAAGCGGUACUGUUUCGGAGAAGGCCUGGCUAGAAUGGAGCUCUUUCUUUUACUCACCACUAUCAUGCAGAACUUCCGCUUCAAGUCUCCGCAUUCACCCAAGGAUAUUGACGUGUCCCCUAAAUCUGUGGGCUUUGCCACCAUCCCACCAAACUACACCAUGAGCUUCCAGCCCCACUGA